AACACCAACAUAACCUCAAAUCACGGAAUUGGGAAUUCCCCAGUCAAGAUUCAAGAUGAUUUUCCCAUUCAUCCAAAUAUUGCUAUUUUCCUUCCUGACCACAGUAUUUUCCAGUGAAAUCCAGUUGCCGGAGAAAUUUGUCCAAAGCGAUUCGCAUACAAACAACUGGGCAGUUCUGGUGGAUACCUCGAGAUUCUGGUUCAAUUACAGGCAUGUGGCCAAUGUUCUGUCAAUCUACCGUUCAGUCAAGAGACUGGGCAUCCCAGACAGUCAGAUAAUCCUCAUGAUAGCCGACGACAUGGCAUGCAAUCCGAGAAAUCCUCGUCCAGCCACUGUCUUCAAUAAUGCCAAUCAGCACAUCAAUGUUUACGGAGACGACGUUGAGGUGGAUUACAGAGGCUAUGAGGUGACCGUGGAGAACUUUGUAAGACUCCUGACUGGAAGGAAUAAGAAUGGCACAACGAGAUCCAAAAAACUCCUCACAGAUCCCGGAAGCAACGUUCUAAUCUACCUCACAGGACACGGAGGCGAUGGCUUUCUCAAGUUUCAAGAUUCAGAGGAGAUUACCAGCCAAGAACUUGCCGAUGCCAUUGAGCAGAUGUGGCAGAAACAGAGAUACAAUGAACUUUUCUUCAUGAUAGACACCUGCCAGGCAGCUUCCAUGUAUGAAAAGUUUUACUCCCCAAACAUCCUUGCUGUUGCCAGCAGUUUAGUCGGCGAGGAUUCUCUCUCUCAUCACGUUGAUCCGGCCAUUGGAGUUUACAUUAUCGACAGAUACACUUACUACGCCCUGGAAUUCCUUGAAAAAGUCACACCGGACAGCAAAAAAUCCAUGGGGGAGUUCCUUCAAGUAUGCCCAAAGCGAGUUUGCAUCUCAACUGUGGGAAUCCGGAAGGAUUUAUACCCAAAAGAUCCAUACAAAGUUCCAAUUACCAAUUUUUUUGGUUCCAUCCGACAAACGGAAAUUGUCCGGACACGCUUGAAUUUGACUCUGCCUGAGGAACCUGAGGAUACCAAAGAGGAAAAUUCAGUUGAUUCAGAUCCUGUGGAUUACCAGCUGAAUCUAAUAGAACAAUUCCCCGGAAAAUUAUUCCAAUAAAAACAAAAACAUAACCUAUCUUUUUAAAUUUCACUUUUGCAACUGCAUACGCGUAAUGGGAAAUUUUGGGAAAUUUUGAGCAGUUCAGCCGGGUCAACGGGAAGUUUUGAAUACGAAAAAUUGCAGCAGACCGGUUUGUGACAAAAAAGCCAAUUUUUCUCGCCAAAUCUUUUUGGUAGAUUUUCACGAAAUGGAGCAGUAUCAGGCGUUAAAUCGCCAAUUGAUCCUCAAGGUGACAGAAUUAAAAGCUGAAUCAAGUAAUUUGAGAGAAAUAGUGGUGAGCCAAAAGGCAGAAAUCAUGAGGAUUAGUGAAGAAAGUGCGAGAUUUAGGAAGAGCGUCGUGGAGAAAUUCACAAAGAUCUCAGAGACAAUGCAGGAUUUGGCAUUGGAGAUUUUCGGAGAGACUCCUGGGAAGAGUCUUGAGCAAGAAAUAUCGAAGGUGAGGCACUCAACAGUCACCAAUUCCAUGGCAAUGUCCACAAUUCACAGUCCGGAUCGCGUCAACAAUGUCAAUAUUAGACGCCGGAACUCAAGAUGCCACAGUCUGGGAACAAUAAUCCCUCCGCCAGUUGCCACAGAUGAACUCGAUGUGGAGAACAUGGACCUGGAUGGCAUGCAAGAGUGGCUGAAGGAGGAGAAUUCUAGAAAGACUGAAUCAGAAGAUGAAAAUGUGUCUUCUGCAAAGGAUUUUGCAGUUAAUGUGAAUUUUGAGCGAAGGUCUGGAAGAUCACGGCAUCCGGAAAAGCUCAGUCCUGUGCGUCCUGUGCCAUUGGCUAAAGCAGAUCGUUUAUCAGUUAGAGACAUGGACGUAGAGAAUAGCCAGGAUAGCUUGAAGACGACUUCUAAGGAAGAUCAGGAAAAUGAAGAUCCUUCCGCUCUUGGAGACGAACAACCACUUCCACUAAUUGAAGAACAUUCCCUCCAAGAAGAGGAACAGCCGGACGAGCCUUGCCGCAGACUCAUGUCAACAAUUGCCGAAGAAAACUCCAAGAAUGUUUCAUCAUUGCAAAUGAGCUCUCACAGCUCCCUCGUGACUGUUCUUAAAUUUGCUUCAAGCACUCCACACAGUAAUUUGGCAUCCAGGGAAACCACCCAAAUGGAGGAGUCACCAAUAGCAUUUCCCAAGAAAGAUGAAAAGGAUGAAAGAUGCCGUUUGGCAAAUAUAUCUGUGAGAAAAAAGAUUUUUACAAAUAAGUCUCCUGACACCAAGAAUUCUCCCUGUCCAGUUCCUCUUGAGCCAUCAGUAAAUACUACUGAAGCUGCAUCCAAAUCUAAGCCAAAGAAGAAAUACAAGAGAGUAAAGCUGGCAGAUAAAACAAAUAUAGUUCAAGAUCCAGACUACCCAAUUCCAAUUAAAGUAGAGAAUCUUGAGGAAAUCCCAAUGACUAGACCCAAAAGGAAAGCAGCACCAACUAAUCUCAAGGAACCGGAUGUCAACACAAAAUUGCGACGACAUUAGAUUAUUCUGGGGGAAGAAUUCUUCAGCAUUUUAUUUAAUUAUUGUGUGAAUUUGUUCAUUAAAUUUUAUUUUUCAUCCUAA